AUGCUCAGCCUCUCGGACCUGAUCCACGACCUCUCCGACUCGGAGGAUGAGCCAGAUCGCUCCACUUUGAUGGUGAGGCUCGCUGCAGGCGACCGACCGGCGAUCGAGGGGAUGGGCAGCUCGAGAGUGCCGUUGCAGUCGUCAGCCGAGCGCUGCGAGACCGAUCCCGCUCAGGGCCAGCGAGCAGGCCAGCAAGACUGGGGCCUGUCAAGCGUUACAAGGUCCCCAUGGCACGAGGAGUAUGGGUCGUAUUACGAACCGGCAAGUGACGGGAGCAAUGGUGGCGAUGGCGCAGGAGGAGAGGUCGAUCUUCUCGAGCAUGGACACGCCGAGCUGGCGGGGCAGCAUCACGAGCACAGCGACCACCUCAUGCAGUCGAGCCCACACGAGCAACUAACGUCCAUGAUGGCCUAUGGGGACGCGUACGCGAAUGCCACAGCCUACGGUCGUAUCUCAUUGCCGUUGCCACCACCCACACCACCUCCACGCUCUCCUCGUCCGCGCGGCCCCCGUCGCGCUGAACCCGAGCCAAGAUCGUCGCCGCUGUCCGCCACCGUGAGCGUAGACGGACCACUCGGGCGCAUUGAGCAAUCCACGCGCUCCAUGUCGAUCCAAGACGAGGCUCUCGAGACUUUGAAAUCGGACGACUGUCAUGGUAAGCGAUGCACACAGCGCCUACUGAGAACAUUGUCCGCCGAGCUCACCAAGACUCUCUUCUCCAAUUCAUCGCAGCUGGUCGAGACGGCUCUGUCGACUCCUCUACGGCUCCUUCGACACCCCGUAACCGUAAACGUUCUAUCACCACCGAACCCUCGACGCCUUCCGAUGCACCCUCGCCACAACCCGCGGUGACGGCGCACAUGACUCGCUCACUCUCGGACCUGUACGACGAAUCCGAGCAUGACGACGUGGCCCUCCAGGUCGCCGAGACGGGCAAAGAGGUCGAAUCGUUCGCUGAAAGGAUGGUCGCGUUCGUCUACAACGACACGGACGGCGAUGGGUCGGCCACGCUGGCUGGCGUGAUCACGCCGCUCAAGAAGCGCAUCUCCGGACUUUUCCUCGGUCUGAGCUCUUACAAGGGGGAUGAGAAUGCGAUGAUACACCAGGUCGACGAUCAGAAGGCUCUGGGCAAGUCGGAGUCGGGAACCCAUGUCGACAAACCGGACAUGCCCGCGAUUGUCGCGCAGAUUGUGCCUUCAAAAGCAGAUCCGUCCGUGAUCGUUCGUGCGCACGCGAGUCGAGAUGGCGCCGAAGGAGGCGCGGUUCCGUCCGAAGUCGGAUCCGAGCUAAUGGUGGAUGACGAUACAACGAUGGCCCACUUGGUAGUUCAAGACAUGGUCGAUGCCGAACGAGCGGUUUCUGCCUCGGUUGACGAAGGUCCAGAGGACGAUGCCCAGGACGUAGAGCCCGAGGAGUGUGCUCGCAUCAGAGACGACCUCCCCGCUCCGUCGACGUCUUCCUCACCCACGACUCUGAUUCCGUCAUGGACUGAGAACACGGUUGAAGUUCGCUUCGGGGUGCGUUCGAGCUUCGAUGCGAGGUAGAAGAAAUAAUUACUGACUGUGCUGCAUCCCGAUCUUCAUAGGACCCAGAGUAUCCAGAUUCUGCAAAUGCGUCGGAUCAAGAAGUUUCACCGCAGGAAGAACCCAUCGCGUUCCACGACGAAAAAAAAGCUGUCGAUGUCGAGCCGGAACAAAGCUCCGAACUACCCAUUUCUGUAGAUGAGGAGGAUGAAGAAGACAGACAGCAAAACAUAUCGACCCCUGACCUCGAAGCGACCGCGCAAUUGGAUCCGCCUUCGAACUCGCCCGCGCCCGCUCCACAGAACGAAACGAGAUUGGCGCUCGAAUUACCUGCAAUGAAGGACAAGUCGAAUGACAGCGAAGCGGAAGCCGAAGUCGCUCAAGAAUUUGCUGUCGGCACCCUUGUGGACGAGGUGGAACCACAUGCCGAGGCUGCACCUGAAUCGGAGGAGACCGCGCAAAUGGAGCAUGCCGAGGACCCGAUCGUGGAGGGCUCACAUGCAACCAUCAUAGACGAGGUCUUAUCGGAAGCGAUCGAAACAAUGAGGAUACAGCGCGAAAGUCGUUCACAUGAGCCUCAAUUGGACAGCUCCGAGGACCUGCCGGUUUUUGAGGAAGCCGAUGCCAUCGGGGAUGAGGAAGACGAAGUCAUCGAUGAUGAAGUUGGAGAAGGGGAAUAUGUCACGCACAGAUCCCCUCGGGGCAUUGACGAGCGAUCCGAGAUGCGCUCGGCCGAUCUGUACAGCGUGCCAUCGUCUCCACUUGCUCGAUUUACGUCCGAGGCCUCAGACGACAGCCUGCAACGCGACGAAGUCUCCGACGACGGUUCACAGCGCAACGAGGCCUCAGAUGAUGGCGAGCAGCGCGAGGACCCUUUCAUCCCACCCAGGGGAGCCACACCUGUCGUAGUGGCUCCGCCCGCCACCUCAUCACCGGGAUUGGAGUCCCCAACUCCACAGCAUGCUCCACGACCCAAGCCGAAACCUGUGCCGGCAUCCAAGCCGACGCCCAGAUCAGCCAGCAUCCCGGCGCAGUCGUUCUACGUGGAUGUUCCUGCUUUACCUCGACGGAGACACUCGUCCAUGUCGGAGCAUGCCGGCUCCUCUCGCUCGAGUCGUCAAAUCGAAAGUAGACGACCGCUCGGACCGACGGACAAGAGCCUGGAAUCUCCGAUCGCGUCCAUUCGAGCGAAAAAUGAGGCGCGUCUGUUCGAUGACCCUCCUGACCUCAAUGAACCUGGGUCUCGUGAAGCAUCGGUUCAAUCGCGCUCCUUCUCGACUCGCCAACUUCUGGGAGAUAGCCUCGAGCAAUCGUCGCCUGGGCCAAUUCCGAUGGACGUGGAAUUGAUGGAAGAGCAUCCGGUGGAAGUGUACCAGCAGGUCGAGGCGUUCGACGAAGCGGGCCUUGCUGCGGAUGAUGUUGCCCCAGUGCCUCAAAGCGAGCAGGAUAACGAGUCCGAUGACGUCGUUGAACUGAUCUCCCCACCGCGGAGACAACCUCGAAGGAUCAUAGUCGAGGAGGAGAUUCCACCCUCUUCCCCUCUACCCAGCCUUCCUCCUUUACCGUCAUCGAUUGCGCCCUCGGGUUCCAUCCGGCCGUUCGAUUCCCCGAGCAAGUCGCCUCCAGUCGAACACGACCGAGCUCCUCCUUCGCCUGGCCCUUCUACGCGACGCCAAGAUGGAGAUUCAUCUUCCGACGGUGAGACACUCAUUAUGAUCCCACGCGCACGACCAAGAAAGAAGCGUAAAAAGGCGUCGCCCGCGGUCAAGAAGAAGUUGCCUCGGCCAUCCAUCGAGCCCGCGCGAGAAGUUAGCGACGAGUCGUCAGCCGAUGAAUUGGACAUGCUCAGGACAGCCAAAGUACGACUUUCUCCAAUCAUCGGGCGGAAGAUCACAUUGCAGAGUCGACAUUUUACGACGCCGACGACGACAGAGCCAUACCCCCCAAAGACGGUCACAAAGACUCGCAACGCCAACCCUAGCUAUCACCGAUUAUCGCUUCCGAGUCGAAGCGUGCCAGCGCUGGAUCGAUCGAACGCUAAGGGCUACAUCAUCGCUCCUAGCCGACCACAUGCAUCGAUGGACAAUGCACCUUCCUCGAAUGGGCGUCCAGCACGUACACGAAAGUCGACGGCGAAUUGGUGGGAGCUUAGUAAAGGUCUGCAGCGGAACGAACCUCUGAAGACCAAACGUCAACGCAAGGAGGAGAAUGACGACGAUUACGAAUCGCGCAGACUCGACGAGGGGUUGGAGGACGACGAAGUGGUUCGGUCCUCGGUCACGAAGAGGAAGUCGCCCUCGCUCAGCAAAAGACGCAGGGUAUCGAGGGUCGUAGACGACGAUGAAGAGGACUGA